AUGGCUUUUGUCAGUAGAAUCGGAAAUGCGCUUAGGAGAACUUCAGUGUCCACUAGCUCUCCACUGCUUCAGCCAGUAAGAUGCAUGUCUUCAAAGCUUUUUGUUGGAGGACUUUCAUAUGCCACAGAUGAAACGACUCUGAAGAAUGCCUUUUCUGCGUAUGGGAAUGUACUUGAAGCUCGGAUCAUAACUGAUCGGGAAUCAGGGAGGUCAAAGGGCUUUGGUUUUAUAACUUAUACAUCCACUGAAGAAGCCUCAGCUGCAAUGACUUCCAUGGAUGGCAAGGAGCUUCAAGGACGAAGUAUAACGGUGGACCAUGCCAAUGACCGCGCUGGUGGGAUACGCGGAGGUGGUGGUUUCGGUUCUGGUGGUGGCGGUGGAUAUCCUACUGGUGGGUAUGGCGGUGGCGGUGGUGGUGGAUAUAGUUCUGGGGUUGGUGGUGGUGGAUAUAGUUCUGGGGGUUAUGCUGGGAAUGGUGGUUACGGUGUUGGAUCUGGCAGUGGCUAUGGUGGCAACUGCAACAAUGCUUCAGGUGGUGGACAUUCCGGCAAUGAUGGUUACGGCAAUGGAGCUGCCAGUGGUGGUUAUGCUAACAACUUGAGCAGUGGAUACAGCAGCAGUGGAAGGUAUAAUACCACUGGCAGUUCUGAUGGAAACACUGGUGGGUACAAUUCUUCUCCCAACCCAUAUGGUGCAGGCAACUACGGUGCAGCCAACUACAAUACAGGAAGUUCCAGUGGUGGAACCUCAGGAGAAUUUGGUGGCGACUUUAGUGGUGGACGUUUUGGUGGCAACAACUUCGCUGGAAAUGUGACUGGUGGUGGCUACAGUGGCAGCAGCAGCACGGGAGAGUUUUAUGGCGGCGGGGCAAGCUAUGAAGCUAACAAGCCGCAGUACAAUGGCCAAGACGACCUGAUGGGUGAUUUCUUCGACAAGGAAGUGGCAGAGGGUAAAUGA